UUUACUAUGCGCAGUAACGUGCGCAGCGUUGUUUGCCUCCAACACAGCUGCCUUCAUGUUCAUGGGUGUGCCGACGAAUUUUUAUUCAGAAGCUUCGUUCUGACUGAAUCUCUGUAGAAGUACAUCUACUGCCAUGAGUUACGCGGUGUCCACUACAGUUGCAGUCACGGUUGGAGUGGUGCUGGUCUCCACAGCAUGUCUUUUUAGUUAUUAUUACUUCAACAGGAAAAGGAAACCAAAGAUUACCCUGAUUAAUCCAUCUGAAAAAUACAAAUUGAGACUAGUAGACAAAGAGAUCAUAAGCCAUGAUACCCGCAGGUUUCGCUUCGCCCUGCCCAGUCCAGAGCAUGUUUUGGGAUUACCAGUAGGCAAACAUGUUUAUCUCUCUGCCAGGAUUGAUGGGAAUCUGACUGUGCGUCCCUACACACCAGUGUCCAGUGACGAUGACAAAGGAUUCGUUGACCUCGUUGUGAAGAUUUAUUUUAAGAAUGUGCACCCAAAGUUCCCAGAAGGGGGAAAGAUGUCCCAGUACUUGGAAAGUUUGAGGAUCGGAGAUGUGAUUGACUUCAGAGGACCAGGAGGUUUGCUGGAGUACAAGGGGCAAGGUCAGUUUGCAAUACAGGCCGAUAAGAAGACCCCUGCUGAGACUAAGACUGCAAGAACGUUGGGUCUUAUAGCUGGAGGAACAGGCAUUACACCAAUGUUGCAGCUGAUUCGUGACAUCAUCAAAAGCCCAAGUGAUACAACGACAUGCAGCCUGCUGUUUGCCAACCAGACUGAGAAGGACAUUCUGCUGAAGGAUGAUCUGGAGGAGAUUCAGGCGAGGCAUCCGGAUCGCUUCAAACUCUGGCUCACAGUGGACCAAGCUCCUGAAGAUUGGGAGUACAGUCAGGGCUUCAUCAGUGCUGAGAUGAUUCAGGAGCACCUGCCUCCACCCGGUGAUGACUCUAUGAUCCUCAUGUGUGGUCCACCUCCCAUGAUCCAGUUUGCAUGUUAUCCCAACCUGGACAAACUGGGCUACAGGCAGAGCCAACGUUUCGUCUAUUAGACCGUAGUCAAUGCUCCGGGCCCAGACACAAAUUACACAGAAUUACUCACAAAUUAAGCUAAAUUGCACAAUUCUGUUUAAGCAAAUAUUGCAUUACAAGUCUCAUCAUAU